AUGGCGGGUGUGUUCAAGAACGUAUUUGGCAGCCAGCCAUCUGGCGCUGCCUCAGAUGAUGAUUUCGCCGACUUCGUCGAGGCCCCGAAUCCAUCGCCUGCGUCCAUUAUCGCCGACACAACCACCAUCCCAGCUGCUAACACCCAUGGCGCCACUGCUCCCUACACAGCAUGGUACCGCAUCUGGGAGCGGACCUCUCCCAAGGACUUCAAGCAGGAGGCGAUGAUCAUGCCUUUUGUCCUGAUCCUUAUCCUCUUCCACGUUUGGGGCACCAAGAAGAACCGCCGCAAGGCGCGGGAAUGGGCCAAUGCUCACGUUCCUUCUCUCCAGAAGGAGUUUGCCGUCGUCGGAUUCGAUGGUAUUGCCCGCAACAACAAUGAUGAGGCCAUCACCGUGGAAUUGGCCAACCCGGAGAAGAGCCUGAAGGAGAAGUCCGCCCACGAGUUCUCGACUUAUGCCACCGGUCGCCAGAACGUCGCUUUCCUUGAUAUUGCCCUGAAGAUGCCCAAGCGCUACAACCCAAUCACUUACCUUAUGGAGUACGCUUUCAGCUUCUUCUUUGAGAGCUGGGAGGCCCCCGCCGAGAAGUACGAGGCUCUCAUGUAUGCGUUCGAUGGCAAGGAGAAGGAUUUGGUUCCUGUCUUCGCCAAGGAUACUCCCCUGAAAGUGAACAACUCGACCUACGACGGAUUCAUCUGGGCUGUGGUUCACAAGAGCCACAUGCGCAAGUUCCGCACUGAUCGUUACGAUGCCUCGAUUACCUUCUCCAAGGACCACCCCAAGCUCCCCUCCUGGGUCACUGUGAUGUCUGAGAGCGCCGAGAUUACCGAUACUCUUCUCACCAAGGACCUCAUCGAGGCCAUUGAAAAAGCUGGAAAUGACUUUGAAUUCUUGAUUGUGACUGACCAGCCCAUUGAUAAGCCCACCAAGAUUGAUGAGACCGUCCCCAAGAAGCGUGUUCAGCUCUCGGUCAACCUUUCCUCUGCUGCCGGUUACGCCGCCACCGUUCCCCUCUUCAACCAGUUCCUUCGCUUUGGUGACAAGCUUGUUGCAGCUGCCCACUUCCGUGGUGAGGUUCUGCGUAAGGUUCGCAACGUCCGUGACGAGGAGAUCAAGAAGCUGCGCCGUGUCGAGGAGGAAGAGAAGGCUGAGGAGCGCAAGAUCGCCGCCGAGAAGCUCAAGAAGGAUGAGCGUGAGCGUCUUUUGCGUGGUAUGACCGCCGAUGAGCAACGCAAGUAUCUGGAUCGCGAGAGCCAGAAGGAGCAGCGCCGCUCGUCCAAGCGCAUGACCCGUAAGGGUUAA